GGAAAACCGAAUAUUGAAAAACUUAAGCAGCAUUUUCUCCUUGAGGGUCGAGUUACCGAUGAAGCUGCACUUAAAAUUAUCAACGACGGUGCUGCUUUACUUCGAGAGGAAGCUAAUGUUUUGGAAAUCGAUGCUCCUGUUACUGUGUGCGGUGAUAUCCACGGACAGUUUUUUGACUUAAUGAAGCUGUUUGAAGUUGGCGGACAUCCAGCCACUACAAGAUACCUGUUCCUCGGGGAUUAUGUGGAUCGCGGGUAUUUCAGCAUUGAAUGCGUGUUAUACCUGUGGGCACUGAAAAUUCUGCACCCAGCUAACUUCUUCCUCCUGCGUGGUAAUCAUGAGUGUCGACACCUUACUGAGUACUUCACCUUCAAGCAGGAAUGUCGAAUAAAGUACAACAAUGAUGUCUACAACGCUUGCAUGGAUGCGUUUGACUGUCUUCCCCUGGCGGCCCUCAUGAACCAGCAAUUCCUCUGCGUCCACGGUGGACUCUCUCCCGAAAUCCAGACCUUAGAUGACAUUCGACGGAUUGACCGUUUCAAGGAGCCUCCGGCCUACGGUUCCAUGUGCGACCUCCUCUGGUCCGAUCCUCUGGAAGACUUCGGCAAUGAGCAGAAUUCUGAGAACUUCUCUCACAACUCCGUCCGCGGGUGUUCAUACUUUUUCAGUUACUCUGCGUGCUGUGAUUUCCUUCAGACAAACAACCUUCUUUCAAUUAUCCGGGCUCAUGAAGCGCAAGACGCAGGAUACCGAAUGUAUAGGAAAAACCAGGCCACCGGAUUUCCGUCCCUCAUCACAAUCUUCAGUGCUCCCAAUUAUCUUGAUGUGUAUAACAACAAAGCCGCCAUUCUGAAGUACGAAAAUAAUGUGAUGAACAUCAGGCAGUUCAAUUGCUCUUCUCAUCCCUACUGGCUUCCCAACUUUAUGGACGUCUUCACUUGGUCUUUGCCGUUUGUCGGCGAAAAGGUAACCGAGAUGUUGGUGAAUGUACUCAAAAUCUGCUCUGAUGAUGAACUCUUGUCGGAUGCAGACGACACGUUUGAAGGUGGGACUGUGGCGGCUCGAAAGGAGGUGAUCAGAAAUAAGAUUCGAGCGAUUGGCAAGAUGGCGAGAGUUUUCACUGUGCUGAGAGAGGAGAGCGAAAGCGUGUUGGAGUUGAAAGGCCUGACCCCCAACGGAAUGCUCCCCUUCGGUGCACUCUCAGGUGGCAGAGAAACCUUGCUCACGGCGUUGUGUGGAGUGGCCCCCAAUCACAAAAUAACAUCGUUCGAGGAAGCCAAAGCGAUUGAUUUGAUCAACGAGCGGAUGCCACCUCGACAUGACAUGGGUUCGGCCAGCUCCGGUUCCAAUUGGAACUCUACUCGUGCCCGGUCCAGCUAUCACAACUCAGCGAGCGGCAACGCGGCCACCGCCUCGGCCACCUCGAAACAGAAUAAUGGCGAGAAGCCGCAUCGCAAAGCACCCUCCACCCACGAAGGCGGUGGUCGAACCCUACCGUCUCUCGAGUCACCCAACAUUGUCGAUCACCGCCACCGGUCGCCGAUUUUUGAAAUGUCAAAUUAUGAGGAGAAGGAGCAGCAACGCCUCACCCGGAUGUUAACCCACGCAGUAACAUCAUUUUCUCUGUUAGAUGACUGA